AUGGACAAAGAGGAUCAAGCAGCUGACGCCUUGACCGUAGUCCUGCUUCAGAAUCCGCCGGCGUCCGCUUUGAUAUCCGUGGUCGCAAUCGUGGUAGCAUCUUGGGCGAACCCCGUAAGCAGACGUGCCUCCGCGGCCGUCAUACCCGGUGCCGCCGCGGGUGCAGGCAAAGGGCUCGCCGACUGCGGUGGGAAAUAUUCCAUCUCAUGCCCCGGCGGUGGCGAGUAUACCAUCUGGGGCUGCGGUGUCGGCUGGGCUGCAGCAGCGGGGGUGGACGGGGCGCGGGCGGCCGACUCCUUGUCUUCUUGCACGAGCGCACAGCAGCAGCAACAGCACGAGGAGGAGCAGCAAUCGUCGCUCCACGUUCCCUGGAUCUGGUACUGCGCGCGCAUGUUGCUCCGAUUGGAAACAGCUAUUGUAUCCGCAAAGAUGAGUCAAAGAGAAAACGGCCAAGGUUGGAGAAGAGCUCGAACGCAGCAGAAGUAG